AUGACUAGCAUCUACACAUCAGACUUGAAAAAUCAUAGACGUGCUCCUCCUCCUCCUCCUCCGCCGUCUGAUGGUGGUAGCACUAAUACCACUGGCAAGAAUAAUAAUAACAACCAGAACAACACGUCUAAUCCUUCAAUGUCUUCAUCUCCUUAUAGUCAACUCAACAAUAUGGGGAUGAAUAUGUCCUCAAAACCAAUUCAUUUAACUAUCAAUUCAAAUAAACGUCAAUCCGGCUGGGUUUAUGUCAAGGAUGAUGGGAUUUUCACCUCAUUUAGAUGGAAUAAAAGAUUUAUGAUUAUUAAUGAAAAAACUUUGAAUUUUUAUAAACAGGAACCAACUACUGAUAAUAACAAUACUAGUUCACCAGAUUUGUCAUUUCCUUUAUAUCUAAUCAAUAAUAUUAAUUUAAAACCAAAUUCAGGUUAUUCAAAAUCAUCUUUUUCUUUUGAAAUUAUUCCUAAAAAUAACAACUAUAAACCAAUUUUAAUUUCAGUUAAAUCUAAGAAUGAUUAUUCCGAUUGGAUUGAUGCUUUUACUACUAAAUGUCCUUUAGUUCAAAUUGGUGAUAAUAACAGUUCAUCCUCGUCUUCUUCUUCAACUGGUCAUUUACAAAUUCAACAUUUAACUAAUAAUAAUUUACCUUCUUCUUCUACAACAUCUUCAAACUCAAAUUCAAGUAAUUCUAUUUCAAAUAGUAUACUAAGUGGAGGAAAUGCUGGUGUUUCCGGUCCAAUCAAUUUCACCCAUAAAGUUCAUGUUGGUUUUGAUCCAACAAGUGGUAGUUUUACUGGAUUACCUGACACUUGGAAAUCUUUAUUACAACAUUCUAAAAUUACAAAUGAAGAUUGGAAAAAAGAUCCUGUUGCCGUUAUUGAAGUAUUGGAAUUUUAUUCAGAUAUUAAUGGUUCUGCUACCGGUACUCCAAUUGGUUCCCCAAUGAUUAAUGGUAAUACUAACAAUACUACUAUGAUUAGUAAUAAUACUCAAAAAAUGACUAUUCAGGACAAUAAUUUGCAAGAAUGGACUAAACCUCCAACAAAAUCAACUCAAUUUAAACCAAGCCGAGCUGCUCCUAAACCUCCAACUCCAUAUCAUUUAACUCAACAAAGUUCUUCCAACCUUUCUUCAUCUUCGUCAUCUAAUAAGAAUGUUUCUGCAUCUAAUAAUAAAAACAAUUCUCCAUUGACUACAUUGAUGAAUAAAUCGGACCCAUCAUCUUCGGAUCUUGUUCCUGUUAGAAGAGCACCCCCUCCACCAAAUGCAGCUGGAAAAUCUACAACUUCACAACCACAAGAUCAAUCACGUCCAUUUAAUCAAAUUCCACCGCCAACAUCUACAACUAGUAAACAACAACAACAACCACAACAACAGCAAUCACAACAACAUCCUAAACAAACACCACCUUCAUUACCAUCUACAGGUCCACCAAAUAAGAACAAAAUUCAUCCUGAUCUUAAAAUCCAACAAGGUACCAAUAAUUUUACUAAACAAAAUAAUUAUAAUAAUGAUCCAAAACUGUAUAUUAAACCUUUUACUUUACAACUGAAACUGAGUCAACAAAAUUUGGCUCAAAAACAACCAACCACACCUGUUGGUACUUCACAUGCAGCCACUAAACCAUUGAAUCCAGAAUCACAAGGUAUUAAACCACUUAAUUUGAAAUCCAAAUCUAAGGACGAAACUUCUCCUACUACCACCACCACCACCGCCACCUCAUCAUCAUCUAGUAAACUGAAAUCACCAUCACCAACUAAUAAAACUACAGAAGCUGUCAGUGGCCAGGGCGUUACCAAGACAGCUAAACAACUCAAGAAGGAACGUGAGAGAUUAAAUGAUUUACAAAUCAUUGCUAAGUUGAAAACAGUUGUCAAUAGUCAAGAUCCAAAACCUUUGUUUAGAAUCAUUGAAAAAGCAGGUCAAGGUGCUAGUGGUAAUGUUUAUUUGGCAGAAAUGAUUAAUAGUAAUAAUAGAAAAAUUGCUAUUAAACAAAUGGAUUUAAAUGUUCAACCAAGAAAGGAAUUAAUUAUUAAUGAAAUUUUAGUUAUGAAGGAUAGUCAACAUAAGAAUAUUGUUAAUUUCUUGGAUUCCUAUUUAAGAAAAGAAACAGAAUUAUGGGUUAUUAUGGAAUAUAUGGAAGGUGGUUCAUUAACAGAAAUUAUUGAAAAUAAUGAAUUUAAAUUAAGUGAGAAACAAAUUGCAACUAUUUGUUUUGAAACAUUAAAAGGAUUACAACAUUUACAUAAGAAGCAUAUUAUUCAUCGUGAUAUUAAAUCCGAUAAUGUUUUAUUGGAUGCACAUGGUAAUGUUAAGAUUACGGAUUUUGGGUUCUGUGCUAAAUUGACAGAUCAAAGAAAUAAACGUGCCACUAUGGUUGGUACACCAUAUUGGAUGGCACCUGAAGUUGUUAAACAAAAAGAAUAUGAUGAAAAAGUUGAUGUUUGGUCAUUAGGUAUCAUGACGAUUGAAAUGAUUGAAGGAGAACCACCAUAUUUGAAUGAAGAACCUCUUAAAGCAUUAUAUUUAAUUGCCACUAAUGGUACACCUAAAUUAAAGAAGCCAGAGUUAUUAUCUAAUUCAAUUAAGAAAUUCUUGUCUAUUUGUUUAUGUGUUGAUGUGAGGUAUAGAGCAAGUACCGAUGAGUUGUUAGAACAUUCAUUUAUUCAACAUAAAUCAGGUAAAAUUGAAGAAUUGGCUCCAUUGUUGGAAUGGAAGAAGCAAAAGAUUCAAAGUCAUCAAAAUAGUGCUAAUACUACUGAUGAUGGGAAUACUACUGGGUUUGAGUAG